AAGACCUGAUUAUUUAUGAUGUUUUCAUUUAAUUUGGGAAAAGUGUUGUUUUAAAUUUUGUUGCCUUUCAUAAAAAUCCCUUGUGUUUCUCUCUCAAUUGAAUUGCCUUUUUAAAGAUUUUUGUGUUGCAAAUCUGAAGAUUUAAUUACCCUUUGUGGGUCUGGCGAAAUUUUGGAGAUUUGGCUAUUUGUACGACUCUCAACACAAUUUCAAAAUGCGGCAACAUUGGCCAGCAGACGUCUGUGCAUUGCAUCUGCCAUCGUAUGUUUACACAAGGCCGUCAAGCAAGAAGUUCCACAUUUCUCAGGCUUCCUGACUAAUAUGCAGAGCGCUUCCCUACACAAAGUGGGCGGUAGUAUUCUCUCACAGCCUAAAUACAGUCUCUUUACAAAGUGCAGCUUAAAAAGCUGCUGGCUGAAAGUCUGAUUAGGAAAGGCAGGGGUGUGGAAAUGGGCUGAUGACCUCAUGCUAAAGGAAAGCUGGGAUCUGUACUACUCUGUGAGUUGCAGGCACUUUGUGUUUGAGUAAAGUUUGAAAGGAAAGGCAGCUCUAACAUCUACCCCGUCCCAUGUAGCUAAAGGUGCGUGAUUCACUUUAUGAGGAAGGGUAGCUGAUAACUUGUGGAAUGUCACCAUUGUUCAGCUGGGUGGCUAAGGUCCCUGAGAUAAUCAACGCAAUCCGUCAAGCUGGGAAGACAGUCUCUCAGGAAGGGGCCCAAAUCCGCAUGCAUGAAGAUGACUCAUUUGCUCAGAAGUAUGAAGUCCUAUUUGUGGGGAAGGUGACAGUGGCACACAAGAAAGCUCCUCCAGCACUGAUCGAUGAAUGUAUCGACAAAUUCAACCUCCUCCGGGAACACGACGAGGAUGAUGCACAAGGAGCGCUUGCAGAGAAAGGGCCAGAGAGACCACCAGCAGAGAUCUCACUGUCGUUACGCUCCAAACUAUUGGUACCGUUGUCGCAGAAGAGAAACAAAUCUGCUCCUUGGCUGACGGUUCAACAUGAGCCUCUGGCUGUCCCGUCACAGGGUACUUUGGAGAAAUGUAAAUCGCUGGAUGGGAGCAACACCUUGAACUGUGAUGGAGCGGAGAGUGGUGGCUUAGUGGAUGCCAUGAAACGUGCAGCUAGUGUGCCCAAUUUUGUGCAGCCAACAAAUAUGAAGGCAAAUAGGACAAUGCUGUUCACGAUUGGCCAGUCGGAAGUUUACCUCAUAAGUCCUGACACAAAGAAAGUAACAAUUGAGAAAAGCUUCAAGGAGAUCUCUUUCUGUUCUCAGGGAAUUAAGUAUGUGGACCACUUUGGAUUCAUCUGCAGGGAGAAUCCAGACAGUGGAAGCUGCCAUUUUGUCUGUUACGUGUUCCAGUGUACUAAUGAGGCCUUGGUCGAUGAAAUAAUGUUGACGUUGAAGCAAGCAUUCACUGCGGCUGCUGUGCACCAAAACAUGAAGAUCCAAGCUCAGCUCUGCGAGGGAUGCCCUUUGAAUUCUCUCCACAAAUUAUGUGAAAAGAUAGAAGGUCUGCAUCCUUCAAAGGCAAAGGUGGAAAUUCAGAAACACUUAUCAACAUUUAACAACAAAGAUCAAGGAUCAAUUUUUGAGGGGGUUCAGAAAAUGAAACCGAAAAAUGAACUGGAGGAAAACGAACUGGUUCUUUCCAUGCUGCGACAGCUCUACGAAGAGAAACAGAAACAGCAUGUCCACAAUGGAGAUGCAAAACAGACCUUGCCAAGCUGCCCGCAGCAGUCCAGUGCCACCGAGCAACUAUCUCUCUCUGCCCGUUUCAAGCUGGAUAACCUGAAAAGCAAAGCAAAAAAGUCAUUGGCAGAAUCGCUAGAGAACAUUUUAUCGAUGGGAGGGUCUCGACUCAAAAGCCAUGCAAGUGCUGGGAAUAGAGUAACAGAUAAAACAUCUGUGAGUCUAUCAAGCCUAUCUAAGGCCAUGUCCUUGGAUGAAAGUGAUGACCAGGCAGUACCUAUUAGUCCUGUAAAGUCUCAUGGUUCCACCGGGAACUUGCUGCAAGACAUAAACGACAGCACUGAAGCAACUGAACCAGCAUUUCGAAGGCGAGCCAAUACCUUCAGUCACAUGCCCUCCAGCCGCGAGCAACCAAAGCAGAUCAUCGCCGAGACCCCAUCCUUCCCCAAACCAAAACUGAUGAGGUACCACUCAGUGAGCACAGACACGCCACACAAACAAAAUAGCCCAAACCUAUCAAACGAUAACACUAGCAGCAAAUGUGCACACCCCAAGUUGCACAGGCCUGUAGAUCACCUGAGGGCUUCAACCUCCAGCCCAAACUUCCUUAAGUAUUUGAAGACGAGUUCCGGUGGAAGGGAUGGCGGGCUGAUGGUAAAAAGCGCUUCUCAACUGAGCAGCCUACGAUCAAGGCUUCCUUCUUCAACUUCUGCACCAAACUUUCUGAAAUUUCUAGUUCCUGUAGCUCAGAACCACAGCAGCAAAAGUGACUAUGAAUCCAGGCCGAGUCCGGGCAGAGAGACCAACAACAGCGGGAAUUUUGUCCGCGUCCGCCGGCAGUCCUGGCGACAGCAGAUCUUUCUCCGAGUGGCCUCACCGCAAAAAGGAUGUGAAUCCCCCUGCAAAAUGCAAGCCUUCAAAUAUUUCCAUCAUUGCGAGGGAGGAGAUGUUACCUCGUGGACGUCUUUGGUGACCACGUGUAAUGACAGUUACCUGGGGGCAGUUGCAGAGGAAAGGAAACGCACAUCAGGGGAGCUCCGAGAUUUAUGGAGGAAGGCGAUUCUCCAGCAGAUACUGUUGCUUAGAAUGGAGAAAGAAAAUCAAAAGCUACAAGCAACAGAAAGUGACCUGCAGAAUAAAAGACUGAAGCUGGAUUAUGAGGAAAUCACAUUGUGCCUAAAAGAAGUGACUCUGGUUUGGGAGAAAAUGCUCAAUGUACCUUCAAGGUCAAUAGUUAAAUUCGAUAUGGAGAAUAUUCACAUGGCCAUGGGUCAAGGAGUGCCUCGGCACCAUCGAGGGGAAAUAUGGAAGCUUCUCGCAGAGCAGCAUCAGCUGAGGUAUCAGCUCCCUGCGAAACAACAGCCAAAGAACACUCCAUAUCAAGAGCUAUUAAAACAGCUGACGUCUCAACAGCACGCCAUACUCAUUGACCUUGGGCGCACAUUUCCAACACAUCCCUAUUUCACUACUCAGCUGGGUGCUGGACAGCUUUCGCUGUACAAUCUUCUCAAAGCCUAUUCUCUGCUGGAUCCAGAGGUGGGCUAUUGCCAAGGCCUUAGUUUUGUGGCAGGAAUCCUGCUGCUGCAUAUGAGUGAAGAAGAUGCAUUUCAGAUGCUGAAGUUUCUCAUGUAUGACAUGGGCUUGAGAAGGCAAUAUCGUCCCGACAUGAUUAUUUUACAGAUACAGAUGUACCAGCUUUCACGACUCCUCCAUGACUAUCACCGAGAUCUCUACUGCCAUUUUGAGGAGAAUGAAAUUAGCCCCAGCCUAUAUGCUGCGCCAUGGUUUCUCACUGUAUUUGCCUCUCAGUUUCCUUUGGGUUUUGUGGCCAGAGUGUUUGAUAUGAUCUUCCUUCAAGGCUCAGAGGUCAUCUUUAAGGUAGCUCUUAGUCUGCUACGAAGCCACAAGCCACUAAUUCUGCAGCAUGAGAGUCUGGAAUCAAUAAUUGACUUUAUUAAGUCCACGCUCCCUAAUCUUGGACUAGUGCAGAUGGAAAAAACAAUAAAUCAGGUUUUCGGGAUGGACCUAUCCAAGCAACUCCAGGCCUAUGAAGUCGAGUAUCACGUUCUUCAGGAUGAGCUGAUAGAUUCUUCUCCGACAAUGACGGAAAAUGAGCGUUUGGAAAAAUUGGAAAAGAACAACAAUAGUUUACGAAAGCAAAACAGUGACCUGCUGGAGGAGCUUGAGGUUGCUCACACUAAGAUCGAAAGCCUGGAAGCUACAGUCAACACCUUGCUCUCUAAUGAAGGGAAGUUAAAGCAAGCCAUUCAUACACUUGAGUUGGAGAGAGCUGCACUCCUGGCCACGGUUGAAGAAUUUCAUCAGCAGGUGCCCAGCUCCGAGCACGUCAGUGACAACACUUUCUGAAGCACAAAAGGAUUAUAAAAUGUGACGCACUUUACAUGAUGGUUCUAAAGGAGAAGUGAUAUUGGGAUUAGUCAGAUUCUCUGGUCCCAUCACAACACCAAGCAAAAUAUCUAUAUGUGGAUCUAUUCGAAGGCACAAUAAUACCACCUUGUUCAACAAUGUUGGUGGCGUAUCGCUGAUAACUGUAUUGUCAGUCACCUGCUGUCAAAAUCAGAUCAAUGGCAAACUUAUUGAAAAUUGUGUGGAUUUAUUUAUAUCUAAUGGUUAAACCCUGCUUUUUUUUUAAAAUAUGGGACUGUUCUUAACCAGGAUACUGUGCUUGAAGAUUCCUUCAUAAUAUCUUGUAUGUAUUCAUAAUCUCAAACAAACUUUGUGCUUGCAGUUUCAACCUGCCAUUUAAAUGUGGAUAGCCUGAGGGUUACACCUGAGGUGGUCGCUCCAUUUCAAAAUUUCAGGGAGUACUUUGUAACGAAAUUACACUAAUGUUCCUUUUGCUAUUAAUUAGAAACUUUUAGUUCUUUUAAAUUCACCUCCUGCGAGUUAGUGGUUCAUUUCAUUUUUGCUAUCAGUGGCCAAAGUUUGUGUAAAUUUUGGCUUUAUAAAUUCCAAAGCCUUUCCAAAGGGAAUUAUCAAUGUCAAGAAAUAAGAAAACGGAGAAGUGAAAUCAAGCAGUUUCUUUUGCAUAACUUUCCACCACCCAUAGUGUGGUAUUAUGUAACAUGGCUUGUUACCUGUGUUUUACCAGUGUUAACAUAUCAGCUUGAUGGGAAUAGAAAAUGGUUGAUAAAUAGGAAGAAAUGUUUAUCGUACUUUUAUGCAAAAUAGAGUUCCAAGAUCAAACUAUUCAUGACUGACUCCUCAUCAGUCAUUUCAGUGAGCAGCCGUUGGCAUAAAAAUGCUGACAGUUCUUGAUGUUUAAUUACAAAACAUGGGCAUCAUAUCGUCAAAUGAAACAAAUUUCAUCAGCGCUAAGAAUAUUCAGUGAAUUAACAUGAUAUCCACCAGCCGAUAUAUUUUAAGAAUUGGAAGCCAUCACUUUGCUACUUCAGAUCCUUGUUCUUAUUCACUAUUUAAGCAAAAUUGCCUGCACCUUUACAAAUGUGACAAAAUAUUUGGGUGAGUCUGCUUCAUGGGUCAAUCCCUUUAAAGGAAACUGCACUGUACCAAAUUAAAUAGAUCGAAAGGGAUCAGAUCCUACUUGCAUGAACUUCUUCACUCUUGCUAGAGUUUUGAAAGAUAAAAAGGAUGUUAUUUUUCUUUAUUGACCAUUUAAAGAAAUCUUUUAUGAACUGAAAGCAAGCUAAAUAAUGGGUUAAUAUCAUUGCAGUCAUGCAAUUCAGAGAGAAUAACUUUUUUUAAAUAUAUAAAUUAAAUUGAUUAUGACCUUGUAUGUAGUCUAUUUUUCAACUGAGAAUUUAUCUGAGGUGGGCUUUGUAACAAGAGGGUAGGAGAGAUAUCCAGAGUUAUAAAAAUGAUGCACUAUUACUAUCACCAUCUCACUUCACUCCCUGAAAGGAAGGGUGUAUGUAGAUGUUGGACAGUAUUCCAAUGUUGUGAUUGUGAUAUAUUCAGACACCAGUAUAAUUAACUGUGCUUUACUUGUUCAUGUGCCUUUUCAUAUAAUUUGAAUACCUCGGUUAGUUGUAUUACAUAAUGAGUGAGCUAAGCUUUGUGUUUCCAGGAUAUGGUCACAUUAAACGGGUUGCCAUGAUGUUUUGAAUUUCA